GGGAGGAGCCACAUUGGGCCAAUAGAAAGAUUCGUUCAAAGACACGUUGAGCAGUUUGGUGUUGUGGACAUGUUAGCUUCCUGUAUUUUGCUCUAAGGCUGGAUGACAAACCUUCGCAUCACUAAAGUGACUUAAAUCAUGGUGCUCCUUGACUCCGAGUCGGUGGUCAUCCUUCGGCUCAGGGGGCCGCUGGAGCUCAAGUGUCAUGCGGACAGCACGGAUGUGGUGCUCAUGCAAAAAGCAAUCUCCAGAUCAUUUGAGGAUCUUCGUUUGCAGGUAAAAUCUGAGUCCUGCGUCCUGGCAGUCUGCGACAGUCCUGUUCUCAUUUGGCCAAACAAAUGUGUUUUUGAAGAAAUAACUCCAGACACACCAUGCGAAGAUGUGUUUCAGUUGAUACAAACAGCUGACCAAGACCCCGGUGGGAAGAGAACAAAAAAGAAAAACAGAAAAGGUUUGUCAGCGAGUGUCAUAAACCUCUCCCUGAUGAUGGAGGCGACAAAGCCAGGCCCCCUCUCAGCGCCCGUCCUCGCUCGGACCAUCCAGACAUCCCACUUUCUGCGUGCAACACUUCCGGUGGACUGCGCCGUACGCAGCGGCUGCAGCGACACCAUCAAAGAUGGCUGUGGACGACUGCUGGAGGCGCUGACUCGCCAGUUGUUUGACAUGGAGAAGGCGACGCUGCGGCAUAUGAGGGGGGCAACACUGCUUGUCCCAGAGCCCCUUCACUUCCUCCUUCCAGAGCCAAACGGACUGGUGACGGUGGUCUUUCCUAGAGGGGUACCAGAUAAUGAAUUGGAAGCACAGCGUAGGGAGUUGCAUGGAAAGUUUGAGCUUCCAGAUGACAGGCCGUACUUCAGGAGAGCAAAUGCUUACCACUUUCCUAAUGAGCCCUACAAAGAUGGCUACCUCAGAAACCCUCAUGUAGUCCUCACACACCCCGCUCUUGAUAAUGGAAAGGUGUUCUCUGUCCAGGGAUUUUACAGCUACCACCACUACAUGCAGGACCGCGUGGAUGACAAUGGCUGGGGCUGUGCGUAUCGCUCCCUGCAGACCAUCUGCUCCUGGUUCCAGCAGCAGGGUUACGUAGAGCGCUGUGUGCCCAGCCACAAAGAGAUCCAACAGGCUUUGGUGGAUGUUGGGGACAAGCAGACCUCCUUUGUGGGCUCCCGUCAGUGGAUUGGGUCCAUUGAGGUUCAGGCUGUUCUAGACCAUCUGCUUGGAGUCACUUCCAAAAUCCUGUUUGUGAGUCAGGGUUCUGAGUUGGCAUCCAAGGGCAGAGAACUGGCCAAUCACUUUCUGUCUGAAGGAACUCCCAUCAUGAUUGGUGGCGGAGUUUUAGCUCACACUAUCUUGGGCGUAGCUUGGAGCGAGACCACCGGUGAAAUCCGCUAUCUCAUCCUAGAUCCGCAUUACACUGGAGCAGAGAACCUUCAGGUUAUCACGGAGAAGGGCUGGUGUGGCUGGAAAGGACCUGACUUUUGGGAUCAAACGGCGUAUUACAACCUCUGUUUACCCCAGAGACCGAGAGCGAUCUGAGCAUAAAGCGACGUUUAUUUGGACUUUACUUGGCAGCGGUUAAUCUGAGAUGCAGCAGUAUAAACUGUUUAUUUUAAAUCAUUUAGGCCAAGCUUGUGAUUGCGUAACCAGAACCAACUGUUAAUAUUUUGACUGCUUCAAAGAAUUGUUUCAUUUAAGGAUACUGAUGUGCUCACUUUAAUUGAAAUAUUCAGUAAAAAUAUAAAAGCUUGAA